ACAACUUACAAUGAAUGGUACGUAUACAACAAGAGCCCAUCGUAGGCUUUGUAUAUUUUCCUUCUCUUCAGACGUUAUCAUACUUCUCUUUUCUGUAUGUCUCCGAUCCUCCAGAGCCAGCCUUCGGGGAGGUGAACCAGCUAGGCGGUGUUUUUGUCAACGGAAGACCGCUUCCUAACGCUAUCCGGCUGAGGAUCGUAGAGCUUGCUCAGUUGGGUAUCAGGCCUUGUGAUAUCAGCAGGCAGCUCCGAGUCUCCCAUGGCUGCGUUAGCAAGAUUCUGGCCCGGUAUAACGAGACCGGCUCCAUCCUUCCCGGAGCCAUCGGAGGCAGCAAGCCGAGGGUCACCACACCAACUGUCGUCAAGCACAUUCGGACUUACAAGCAAAGAGAUCCGGGCAUUUUCGCCUGGGAGAUACGGGACAGACUCUUGGCUGAUGGGGUGUGUGAUAAAUUCAACCUCCCCUCGGUGAGCUCCAUCAGUCGGAUUCUCCGUAACAAAAUAGGGAACCUAUCUCAUCCAAGUCAGUAUGAGUCGAGUAAACAAACGCCUCAUCCCCAACCACAGCCGACGUUAUCAUACAAUCAUAUCUAUUCCUAUCCAACCCCCAUCGGCACAGGGACGAAAGUACCAACAGCCCCAGGAAUGCCAACCCUACCAGGACACAUGGCAAUGCACAGGAUAUGGCCAUCAUCUCAUUCUGUCACAGAUAUACUGGGCAUUCGGUCCAUAACGGAACAACAGAUAAGUGACAGUCCUUCGUUUCCCUGCGCCAAACUAGAAGAAUGGAGCGCUAUAAACAGGACUAAUUUUCCACCAGCAAACUAUCCACUAGACACUGGAGUGGAUAAAGCCCACUUAGACUCCGAAGCAAUAUACACACAGACGCCGAAUGGCUUGCCCACAGCGAGCAGCUAUGUCACAGUGCCCAGCAUCCCUCCCUGCCACCCAGCCACCCCAGUGUCACCUUACACGGGGUACAGCGCCACCACGUCGGCCUAUGUGACCGGCCCCACAUGGCUGCCGCCCAAUGGCAGUGCUCCCUCUCCCCGCAGCUGUGAUGCCAUCGCCGCCCCCCUGGCCAUCAAGAGCGUGACGGCUGGCCGCGACGCCAUCCACCACCACCACCACCACCACCACCACCAGCACCACCCCCAUCCCCUCACCACCGCCCCCGUGCUCUGACAGAGGAAGCAGGGGCAGGAGAGGAGAGGAAGACCAGCGAGGGAGCGAGAGAAAGAGAGAGAGUGAAGGGUAAGGACAUGGCGGUGAAGUAGAAGAGCUGUAAGAUCUCCUGCUCGUGGAUGGCGGACAAGGCCCAUUUUGCGUUGGACAUUUGGUCGGUCUAUUUAUGAAAAGGGGAAGUGAACAUUUGGGGUGAAGAGUGGCCCUCCACUGCCCCAGUGUCCAGGUCGGUACGCUGGGGACACGAGUCAGGCCUGGGCACCCUUUGCGAGAGGACACGUGUCUCCACUCAUGAAACGGGGGACAUACGGGGCUUUGCGGUGCUUUAAGGGACAAUGGACAGCCUCAUGGUCUGCGUUUAAGAUGCCAGUCUUCUUUGUAAUCUUGGUUUUUGUGCUCUUGGCGGCAGAUGGUUUUAUCUGGAAAUGAGUGGAAGUCAGAGCACGUAGACAACAGGUCGAAUAUAUAUCAAUGGUCAUAUUUGCGUUUUAAAGCGUUUCAGGGUUUUUGUUAAACAGUUGCUUUUGUUUCAGUUGUUUUUGUUUGUAUUUUUUGAUUUGUGGCUUUUGUUUGUUACAUUUUUCUUUUGUACAGAAAAUAGCAGAAAACAGCCAUUUAUUCUCCACCUAAAAUGAAGAAUUCGAAAAAGCGCUUCUGUCAGAAGUGUAUGCUCCUUCUUAUUUAUUAGACCGGAUGGUACGUGGAACCCAGUGCCAUGGUCACCAAGAGACGUGCUGUCUCAAUGGCAUUCUGGGAUAUUUCUGAAACGUUACAGCCACCAGCGUUGUUCACCUUUGUGUUAAGCUUCAGCGUGGGCAGUAAAAGCUGCACAGUUGGGAUGUUGCACAGUUUGACUGAAUGUAUCUGAUUAAAGGGAUGUGUGGCAGAAAAAAACAAAGGCCUUGUGUGUAACCUGUUGCGCUGUCAUCGAGUGAUUUCCUAAAUCUGUUGGUCAUUGCAUGAAUGAGAAAUUCUGGGAAAUAACAAGAAAAAUGGUCAAACUGGAACAAAUCAUUUAUGAUAGAUAGGUUAAAAAUAGUAGUUGCAAAAUAUUGUAAAUACUAUGAUAAAGCAUACAUUGUUUUUUUUCCUACAGAACAUAUAAUUCAAUUCAGAAUUUUGCACUUGACUGAAGAAAUAUGCAGAGAUAUAUCAUGGACAUUAUUAACAUUACAGAUCAUUACAGUAUACUUGAGUACAUGUGCAUUUCAUAUUUUAUAUUCUAUUUAUUAAUAUUGCAACUAACAGAAACAAAACAUAUACAAAGCAUAAAAGUGCAAAGAAAAUUGGAAAUGGGAAAAUCUGUGUGGUUAUGAAUAAUAAUAAUAAAAAAAAAACACAAAAAGAAA